UUGUUGUCAUUUAGGUACCAAGCAAGCAGAUCAAAACCCUAGUUCACUCCCUCGGUCCCUCUCCCAUAUUAGGGUUUCUUCGCUUCCCUUUUCCUCAUUUUCUCCCACCCGUCGAACUACCUGCCGCCGCUGCAUCAACCCACCGACAGCCAUGGCCUCGGAGAAGAAGCUAUCGAACCCGAUGAGAGAGAUCAAGGUCCAGAAGCUGGUCCUCAACAUCUCUGUCGGUGAAAGCGGAGAUCGACUCACAAGAGCCUCUAAGGUCUUGGAGCAACUCAGUGGACAAACCCCUGUUUUCUCCAAAGCGAGGUAUACUGUUCGGUCCUUUGGGAUCAGGCGUAAUGAGAAGAUUGCAUGCUAUGUCACCGUCAGAGGUGAGAAAGCAAUGCAGCUUCUGGAGAGUGGAUUAAAGGUCAAGGAAUAUGAGCUGCUGCGAAGGAACUUCAGUGAUACCGGCUGUUUUGGCUUUGGUAUUCAGGAACACAUUGAUCUUGGAAUUAAGUAUGAUCCUUCCACUGGCAUUUAUGGUAUGGAUUUCUAUGUUGUGUUGGAGCGCCCUGGCUAUCGUGUUGGGCGUCGCCGUAGGUGCAAGGCGCGUGUUGGAAUUCAGCACAGGGUCACCAAGGACGAUGCAAUGAAGUGGUUCCAGGUCAAGUACGAGGGUGUGAUCCUGAACAAGUCCCAGAAUAUUACUGGUUAAUUUGGUCUUGAGUAUCAAAAAGCUGUUUUGAGCUUCGAAGUUUUCAAUUUUGGGAAGUUGUGCUGACUUUUUUAGUAGACUGGGAGAUAAUACUAUUUUCAAUGUUCUUUCUGAUCUAUGUUCAGUUGUACUAUUUGCUUGUUUACGUGUUUGAGCCAGUUAUUAGUAGUUCUUGCCAGAAUGGAUGUUGAGACCAAUAGCUUUUCGUCUUUGAAGACUUUAAAUUUUCAA